AUGGAGUCGGAUAGAAAAGAAUACACAAAGAACGACGAGGAGCAAGGGGACCAGGCGCAAGCUUUGCCUCCUUCCGAAUACUCGACGACCGAACGGAAUCCACCGACACCAAAUUGCGCCCUGCGUCAGGACUUGUGCUCCGAAAACAGCUCAUUAGUGUCCGACCUUAUUCAAUCCGCUGCUCGGUCCGUCUUGGAAGACGAGCACUAUGAGCAGGAAAGGAACGGUUCGUCGUGCUCGGGCUCUUACACCGACAUCGACGGCGGUCGAAGAGGAUACCAUACCUCUGGAAUGACACCGAAUUCACGGAAAAAGGGUCCACUAUCUCCAACCUUGCAAUCCUUACAAACUAAAACGCUACCCGCCAUGCCCGAUGAACAAGAUCGCAAGCGUUUCGUGGGUUGUUUAGCAGCAGUUUUGGCGUCUCUUUACGAUUUCGAUGUGGUUGAUGACGACGAAGACUUGUCUCAAGCCGAUAAAGUCCUGAGCAUGGCAUACCUUGAUAGAAGUGAGCAAGACGACGAGGACGAGCAUAGUCUUAGUCCGACCAAAGCAAGUCGUAACAAUACAAAAGACAGCAGCAGCUUAUAUUCGCGCUCAGUCGACGGUUUUGACACACCAGCCAGAGCGCAACAAUACCGAUCGAUGAUUUCGUCUCGAUCAUCCAUGCAAAUCGAUCGGGGCACCCGGGAUCAGCUUCAAAAGGCUCGAUCACGCCAUCGCAAACGGCGGUACGAUAUAUUGUCGGAUCUUCUUUUGGCGUCAGGAGACUAUUUGCAACUCGAAAGUGGCCAGGUCAAGGCUUUUUUACCUAUGCUAGCCAAACUCCUGGUGCCGAACAGUGAUAAAAAAGAGGCAUCGCAUGCAUCUCAACUUUCAGCUCAACAUGGUCAGCGGCCGCACUCCAAUAGUAGCAACACGAGCAGCAAUUUGGCUGCUAUGGACAAUCAGGAAAAGACUAUAUUGCAACGCUCAGGGAUCUCUGGCGCCAAUGUGAAUGGCUUUACAAAUUCCGAAGAAAUGGUGCAUCUUGAAUUGGAUGACAUCGAGUAUUUGCGGCCGUUCUUGGAAUCACUGACUCCUGGUGCCGGGUUGCGAUGUGUUGCGUUACUGCUCCUUCAGUAUUUAUUGCUGCACAGCCGUCAAACGGGCUAUGACGCUCGUGUACGACAUGCCAUAAAAACGCUUGGUGUCCUGGUUCUGGUUCAUGACAUGCAACAUGACCCCGUUGAUGUGUACAUUGAUGAUGAAUUGAAAAAGCCUUCUUCUUCACCAAGGACUCGACGACAUCGAGGUCAUUUGAAGACGUCGCAUCCCGAUUUGGUCGUACUGGCCACCCGCAAGUUUGAAUCGCUUGAACACUUUAUUGCAGCAAAACUAAUCGUGUUGUCACGUGAACAGCAGGCACAUAAAGUUCAUAGGGGCGCCCGGAGUGCUGGUGCUCGCUCGUCUCAGACUCAACAGACACCAGCAUCAAAAGGCCUGACCCGGGAACAGUGGAUGCGAGGGAUUAAGAUUGGUGGCACGGCGAUGGCAGCCGGUACCUUAUUUGCAAUAACGGGAGGACUCGCCGCUCCAGGUAUUGCCGCAGGGGUUGCGGCGAUUGCGGGAGGGACGGCAGUGACAGCGGCCGCCGCGGCUGUCUUAACAAGUACGGCAGCUGUGACGACAAUCUUUGGAGUGGGGGGAGGAGGAUUGGCAGCGUACAAAAUGCAGCGGCGGACACAAGGUUUAACCGAGUUCGAAUUUCGUAAAGAAACUGGAAAGGCAAGUCGGGAGAAAGAGGGUCAAAUAGACACAGUAGACGCUGAGCUGUUUAGUACAAUCUGCAUAUCAGGUUGGCUCCGGGACAAAUUCGAUUUUCAACGACCUUGGGGGGUCUCCCCAUCACGACCUGAGUUGACUGAUCGACAAGAGCUGUUGGAAAGAUUCUACACGAUCCAUAGUCCAUCGCAUAUAUCACGUUGUGCCAAAAUUUUGGACCAUUGGAAAGGUGAAGAAAAGGAUCUUUGGGGUUUGCUCAGGCAAAAGUACGGGCAAGAUCCAGACCAUUUAUUUCCUUUGGAGAAAGGUCCUCGAUUACACGCCUCGUUGACUCUUGAGCAGAAGGAGGUCAUAGAUCAGUUGUUUGUAGAGCUGGGAUACACGCCCAAAUCUCUGGACGAAAUAAAAACGCAGCCUACGCCUUUCGAAAGAAUUAGGAAGGGCUGGAAUAAACAAGCCGCUGGACCUCGACGCGAUGAAAAUUUAUCUACUUCACACAUUCCUGUCGGUCCUGCACAUCGAUCUCUUGCAGAUUCCUUACAAAGUCCUGAGAGUGUCGAGACAUACGUUGGGUCUAGAGCUGAGGUUACAUCGUCGGGAUUUGAGAGCUUUUCUACUGCGCUGUCAAUGCUUCCACCGGACAAGCGAUCAGAUGAGUCGACAGAGAAAGUUGAGUUGCCAAGGCACAUUGCUACUGUUUGGGACUAUCCAUCUAUAUAUGGAGGGGAGCAGUAUACGGUACAAUGGGAAAGUGAACUGCUGACUGAGUUGUGCGACUCUGUCAAUGACCUUGCGCGAGAUUUGGUAAGCGGUGGAACCGCUCAGAUCUUAAAGCAUACUGCUUUGUCAACGCUAAUAUCGGCCUUUGCUUGGCCGUACGCGCUUGUAAACGCCGCAAACAUGAUUGAUGGGACGUGGACGCUAGCAGUUGAACGAUCCGAUGAAGCGGGGAGAGAGUUGGCCAGAAGCUUGCUCCUCAGCCGGGCAGGCCAUCGUCCUGUUACUCUCGUAGGAUUCUCCUUUGGCGCACGAGCAAUCUAUUCUUGCUUGAAAGAGCUCGCUCGCCUUCAGGAAAAAUGGGAAGAUUUUUGUGAAGACGAGGAUUCCUCUCGGAGCGGAAAAGUGUUGCAAAACCAAUCAGUCGCCGAUUUAGAGUUAGACGAAUCAAACAAGGACUAUUUCAGGUACAUGCGAGAGCCGGCAAGCAUAGUUGAAGAUGUGGUACUAAUGGGACUUCCAAACCAUCUUAGCUUAUCUUCUUGGAAGGCAUGUCGCCAAGUUGUGGCCGGGAGGCUUAUCAACUGCUUUUCUCAGAAGGAUUUGAUCCUUUCACUGAUGUUUCAAUUCAAAAGGCUCGGGCUUAAGCCGGUAUGUGGAACUUGUCCAGUUAACGUACCUGGGGUGGAGAAUAUUGAUGUAUCCGAUUUGGUAUCCGGUCACCAGGAUUACACUCUCGUUAACGGAGAUAUUUUGAAACGCGUGAGGCAUUGUCAACCUUUUCGAUCCAGGCACACUCGUAUAUUUGUGCCGGAAGUCGCUGCAUCAAGCAUGUAAAUAAAAACUCUUGAUGGAGUCGAGGCUCAGCGAAAAGUGCAAGUUUUAUUUCAGAGUAUUAAGCGAAUCAAU